UGAACCAUGAGCUCUCAUCAGAACCUCCCAAAAUCUCUCAUCACAAUCUGCAAUGAUUACAUGUGACUCAAAAGAAGUAAAUAAAAAGAGUGAGCUGGUUUCACAGAGGAUGGCGAUUAGCUUAAUUCUCGUGGCGGAUAUACAGAACCGUGAUCAAGAGCAUCACGGUGUGAAUUAAACUUUAAAAGGAUAUUUCACCACCAACAAUGAUGUCGGUUUUCCCCGUUUUGUUUCGUCUUUUGCAUGUGCUGAUUUUAACGAAAAGAUACCUCUGUGUGGAAACUGAUUUUUGUGAACCUGUUCGACUUGACCGUGAACAUGUCCCAAGUUUUGACAAACCGAGCAAAGAACUUGUUGUUUACAGAUUAAAAGCGUUUAAUCAGGAAUUCUAUCUUAAUCUUUUACCUGACACCAGUUUUCUGGCUUCUGACGGCGCAUUUCACGACACCUCAUCUCCAAGGGCGCUUACAGGGGAUGAUUUGAGAAGAUGCUUUUACUCUGGUGAUAUCAACGCAGACAUUAAUUCAUACGCAGCUCUCAGUCUGUGUGGAGGUGUCCGAGGAGCGUUUUCUUAUAACGGGAUGGAGUACAUCAUUGAGCGCAGAACAGCACCAGAACUGACCCCAGAUGAUGCUGGAAAAACGCACGUCAUCCGCAGGAAAAAUCUAAACGCUCAAAACACGACAUCCAAGUGCGGAGUAACAUCAAACCAGGAGGUUGUUGAGUCCUUAGAAAAGUACAAACAUCUGAAAGGACACACGAAGAACUUGACUGAAACUUUGUUGAGAAGUAUGAGCAGGUCGAAAAGAUUCGCCUCUAUCCCGAGAUACGUGGAGGUGCUGGUUGUUGCUGAUGAGUCUAUGGCAAAAUUUCAUGGUGACGACCUGAAGCACUACCUUCUGACUCUUUUGUCUGUCACUGCAAAGCUGUACAAACACCCCAGUAUCUUGAAUGCCAUCAGUAUAGUGGUUGUAAAGCUUAUGGUGAUUAAUGAGGCAGAAAAGGGACCCAAAGUAUCCAGUAACGCAGCACUAACGCUGCGCAAUUUCUGCACCUGGCAGAAGAAGCUCAACAAAGUCAACGACAAACACCCUGAGUACUGGGACACGGCUAUUCUAUUUACAAAGCAGGACCUGUGUGGGGCCACUACGUGUGACACUCUUGGUAUGGCUGACGUGGGCACCAUGUGUGAUCCUAAGAGAAGCUGCUCGGUUAUUGAAGAUGAUGGCCUCCCUUCAGCCUUCACCACCGCACAUGAACUAGGUCAUGUCUUCAGCAUGCCACAUGACAAUGUGAAGGCCUGUGAGGAUGUAUUUGGAAAGCUGAAGGACAAUCAUAUGAUGUCUCCAACACUGAUCCAGAUUGACCACCACACACCCUGGUCUGUGUGCAGCGCUGCCAUCAUCACUGACUUCCUGGACUCUGGCCACGGCGACUGUCUUCUGGAUCAGCCCCAGAAGCUUAUGGCUCUUCCAGAAGACCCUCCAGGCAUCAGCUACUCUCUAGGCCGUCAGUGUGAGCUGGCAUUUGGCUCCGGAUCCAAGCCUUGUCCCUACAUGCAGGCCUGCUCCAAACUGUGGUGUACCGGGAAGGCUAAGGGUCAACUGGUUUGCCAGACGCGCCACUUUCCCUGGGCUGAUGGCACUACUUGUGGAACCAACAAGCUGUGCUACAGGGGGACUUGCACUGAAAAGCAAAAUACCUUCAAAAACAAGGUAGAUGGCCGUUGGGGCCGAUGGGGUUUGUAUGGCCCAUGUUCCCGUUCAUGUGGAGGAGGAGUGCAGCUUGCCAAACGGGACUGUAACAAUCCUGUCCCUGAAAAUGGGGGCAAAUACUGCCAAGGCCUGAGAGUGAAGCAUCGCUCCUGCAACUUAGAGCCUUGUAAAGACUCAGGGAAAACGUUUCGAGAGGAGCAGUGUGAGACGUUCAAUGGCUUUACACUGAACACUAACAGACUGAGUCCAUCUGUGGUUUGGGUCCCGAAGUACUCGGGAGUCUCUGUUAAAGACAGAUGUAAGCUCAUCUGCAGAGCCAACGGCACCGGAUACUUCUAUGUCCUUGCGCCAAAGGUAGUAGAUGGAACCCCUUGUUCUCCUGAUACCUCAGCCGUCUGUGUUCAGGGAAAGUGCAUCAAGGCCGGCUGUGAUGGAAAACUGAACUCCAACAUGAAGUUUGACAAGUGUGGUGUGUGUGGAGGUGAAAACAGAAACUGCAAGAAAGUCUCUGGAAUGUUCACGAAACCCAUACAUGGAUAUAACUUUGUCAUCGCUCUGCCUAUUGGAGCUGCAAAUGUGGAUGUAAGGCAGCGUGGUUACCGCGGCUUAGUGAACGAUGACAACUAUCUAGCAGUAAAGAACCUUCACGGCAAAUAUCUCCUGAAUGGAAACUUUGUGGUUUCGGCAGUAGAAAAAGACAUCAUCGUGAAGGGGAGUCUGCUGCGCUACAGUGGAACCGGCACAUCGGUGGAGACACUCCAGACCUCAAGACCUCUUAAAGAGUCUCUUACGGUGGAGCUGCUGUCUGUGGGUAAAAUGACACCUCCUCGUGUGCGAUACUCCUACUACCAGACUGUGGGCAAUAAGGAGAGCAAGAUCUUCAAGAAAGAGGAGAGGAUCCCAGCGCAGAACAGUGUGCUGGAAGACAGCAAUAAAGUAGAACUAAAGAAACCGGUCUAUCAGACACCAUCUUAUAAGUGGGUCACGGCGGACUGGAGUAAGUGUUCGGUUAGCUGUGGGAACGGAGUCCAGAGUAGACUGACACAGUGUUUGGGCUCAGAUGGGAAAAUGGCCACAAAUUGUGAUGGAUCCCAGAAGCCCAGUUCCAUGAGGGUGUGUGGUGAUCCAUGCCCAACAUGGAGCAUCGGCGAAUGGUCCUCAUGCUCUAAAACCUGCGGGAAAGGCUUUAAGAGACGCCCAUUGCGGUGCAUCACUCAGACUGGACAGUUUUUACCUAGAGACCAUUGCUCAGGCAAGAAAAAGCCACAGGAACUUGACUUUUGCACUAUUCGGUCCUGCUAGUGACUGUUCAGGUGUGUUUUAGGUCUAGGCUCAGUGGAAUUACAUGACUUAGCCUACAUUUCUGCAAAUCCUGAACAAAUUUGCUCCAGGUACUGUACAUUUUGCUACAUUUUACAGAUGACAUGCCCACAACAGUGGCUAAAAGCUGCAUAAAUUAUACCCUAUUGUGAAGUUUAUUAAACAGCACAGUUCAGUGACAAUCAUAAAUUUUAUUUUAUUUUCUCAAAAGUAGUUAAACAUCUUUAGUUGUUGCUUACUGCUUUUUACAUUUAAAGGGGAUCUAUUAUGCAAAACAGUUACAGUUUAAACAGUCUGAAACAGUGAAACAGUCUGCGAAUAUAACCAGCUUUUAAUGGCAAACAUUUAUUAAUUUAAUUUUUUAUGAUUACACUUAGAUUAGAUGAUUACAGUCUGCAGAAACACUUUGAUUGACAUUCUUCUUUUGUAUGUGUCAUCUGAGGGGAAAGUCCAUUAAUGACAGUCUCUCGCUCAUUAGCAUAGCACGUUAGUCUUAUUUUUAAAUCUGCCCUUAUGCUGACACAUAGGCAUUUGUAGCUCAUUCCUCUUUUGAAAAGAAGGCUGGAAGUACAGUCUCAUCUGAACUUAAAGUGAUAGUCACCAAAAUGACACAAUAAGGAUCAAAGCUUAAAAGGGGCAGUUUCAAAGAGUUAGUAAACAUUAUUUAUGGAGUUAUUUGCGCUGAAACUUAGCCGACAUAGGCUCAUUUUGAAAACGUAGCCCUAUGUUUCUGGAGAUCGUGAAUUAUGCAACCAGAAGUACACAUGGCUGCAUUUCAUUUUUAAUCGGGUCGAUCGGUGGUUUUGAAAACAUUAUUGGUUGGGUUUAGGGAAGGAGGAAGGUGGGUCAGUCGAUCAGUCAGUCAGUCAGUCGACAGCGGUCUCUGGUGGAUUUACGAGAGAACAGCAGGUGCGAAUGGCACUUGCAAGAGAAAUUUGAGAUCUAAAAAAGCAUACAUAGCCGCCUUCGCAAAAACAAAAACUGCAAAAAAAAAAAGCUAUUUGGCACUCUCCAGAAAUGUAUAUAAAGGUCAUUUUCUGAAUGAGCCUGGGUUGAACUUAGCACAUACACACUAUAGGGACAUCAGAGAUUUAUUUUACAAAAGGGUAUAAUAUAUCCUCCUUAAAAUGGCACUAAACCUUUACAAUACAAAAUUGUCUCAAUUCUUUUAGGGCAAAUACCCUUUUACCUUGUUUUUACACUGAUUUGAAACAUUUUUCAAACUGUAUUUCAUUGGAUUCAAACCCAAGCACACCACAUAACAAAUUUAACGCUGUAUUAUUUGAGCUACCAAGCAAGUCUACCAUUUAAGAAAAGCCAUACAAUGUGGAGAAAGAUUUGUGGCAAAAACAUUCAAAUAAAUGCAUUUAAACCCAAUCUCAGUAAAACUAACAUAAUCUCAUGACACUACUACAUAAAGAAAAAUAUAUCCUGUUCUGUUUAUGGGUGGGAUUCUGUGUAAAGAUUUUUGUAAGAAUGAGAAUGUACAAAUUCAUCCAAUUAGUUGCUAAUUUGCCAUUUCUUAAAAUUAUACAUUUUCAUGCAAUUCAUUUUGUACAAAUUAAUACAAAUGUCAUACAAAAUCUCAUAAAAUUGUCCUGGAGAAUACAACAUUUUGAAAAAUCUAUAACUGGGGCAUGAGCGAGUUGCAAGAGAAUAAACAAAUGAGAUUACACAAUUUCAGCAAAUUAGCCAUCACCAAAACCUAAAAUGAACACAAAACACUCAGAAACAAAUGUUGUUUAACAGGUUCUAGUGGUCACCUGAAACCUGCAGUUAAAUGUAGGCACAAGUCGUUUUUUCUAGAACUCUUGGUUAAGUCAUGUAUUUCCAUUGAGCCCGGGUUGCAUAUCAUGGAACCAAAUCAAAAAUAGUGAUCUUUUUACAUAUGCAUCCUGUGGUGCCUCGCUUUUAUAAUGGGAAAGUCAUCAUGAAAUAAAUACAGAUCUUUUACCAUGAGGAUAAACUUUUUACCGUUGUAAAUUAGACAUCACCUACCUCGAAAAGGACAGGGUGUUUUAACGCAACCAAACAACACAGAACCACGUAAUUGUUACAGCAUUAAACUUACAAUAGCAGACUUUCAUUCUGCAUGUGGUUUGUGGAUAAAGUGAAGAUGUCAGACUUAAUGUGUGCAUUUGUAUUCAGACAUUAAAUAUAUGUGAAUAAUUUGACCUAAAUGUGAAGCAUAUUGUAUGCAAAAAAUAGGGCGACUUGGUCCAUGCACUAUUCAUUUGUAUUUGGUUAUUAAGAUGAGCUAAUCAUUAGAUUGAACUGUUCUAAUCGUCAAAGGUUUGAGAGGAGACUUUACAGAUAGACAAAAAUAUGUGUGCCAAAAGUAGGCAUUUAGUUAAAGUAAUCAGUCAUUUGUCCUUUUAGAUGGGCUGAAGAAGACAUAUCCUGAACACAUAUUUACAUUAUUAUUAAAAUAAAUGUUAAUGUUUUACAAAAAAGUACUGUACAUGAAGAGAUAAAACAGGUAAAAUAGUAUAUACAAUUCAGUUAGUGUACUUUAGAACAAUAUAUUUUAGCUAUUCAGCUGUUUAUACAAGUAUAUCAUAAGAAAGUCUUUAAGAUAUUGUUUUGUAAAAAUAAUCUCUGCUAAAAGACACUGAUACAGCCAUGGUACUGCAAAUAUUCUACACAACACUGCCCUAAAGCUAAAUCCAGGUCGCAUAAAAAAGGUGAAAUAUGACACUUUCUGAUCAUUUGUUAUUGCCAUUUUAUAAUACAAUCCCAUAACCAUAACAUUUUAUAUGAUGUCACUUAAUUAGCUAAACCCCAUCAGAAUUUAGAUGUUUAUAUAAAAAAAUAUUGUCUUUUUUGGGCCUGUAUUCACUGGACAGGUGUAGCUGCUAUGGCCUGUAAAAUCGCCAUGUUUCUUGAAAGGAAAAUCUACAGUGUUUAUUGUAAGUGUAUUUCAUGUACUCUCUGCUGGAUUUAUGAAGACACAUUGUAACUUGUGCGAUCAACCCCUUUAAUCCAGAUGUUGUAGCUGAGAGCAUUUCGUUCAUUUGAAAGGUGCUUCCUUGUUUUGUUUUCUUCUCUUCUUUUGACAGCAAAAGGCACUUUUUUUUUUUUUAUUGGAAUCCAUUGUAUACUAUGUAUACAUCCACCAACUGUGCACAAAUAAAUACAGAAAU